AUGAUCGGCCCGCUGGGCUUGCCGGCUGAAGUCGCCGCGCCAGCGGGGGCCAGGGCGAAGCUCCAGCGGGCCCGGCGGCGCCCAGACUGCGGCAACGAGUCCGACGACGAGGGCGACGCGGACGACGCUUUAGACCCUGAUGCCAGCGGCUACAUGAUAGAGCUCGUGGACGGCACGGCCAGCCGUCUGCGGUUCCGGCACGGCGAGCGGGGAGAAGUCGCUUGGGUCGCGGAGUACAGGGUCGCGAACAGGGCCGCCCCCAUCCCGGAGGACAUGACCAUGAAGAGGCUUGCGGAGCGCGUCUUGGAGUACUUCUCGGCGCCGCACGCCGUCAUUCCUUGGGCCGAGGACGCGUUGCUCGCCCACAAGGGGCUCUGCGUCUGCUUCAACGCGGAGUGCGCCGUGCGGCGCGACGAUGGCGACGUGGAGGAGGCGGCGCGCCUCGGGGCAGCCCCAUGGCACCUGGCAGUGCUGUCCUCCGCUCUGUUGGUGCUGGAGAUCGCUGUCGGCGAGCGCGACGGUGCGGCCGACUUCCGCAACCGGUGCCUGCGCGUUCAGGAGGCGCACGUCGUGCGGGGGUUCGACUUGAUCCGCCUGUGCCACGAUGUCCGGAAAGCUUGGCAAGCGGGGGCGCCGGGCGACGCGGACGCCGCCGCCGCUUUGGCGUCGCAGGCUCUGGAGAAUGCUUCUCGCAGCCAGCUUGCAGCGAUGCCCCCGAAUGGUCUCCCAGGCUUCGACGAGUGGCAGGCGACGCAGACGACUCCGCAGGCCCCGCCAGUGCCGGAGCCCGAGGGCGGCGAGGGCGCACCUGGCGGCACGGGGGCGGGCACUUCCCCAGCCGACGUCGACCCCCCCGUCCACCCCGCUGGAGCCCCGCGCGGCGGGGCGCCCGCGGCAGCGCCGGCGCGGCCGCUGAUGCUCUUGAAGCCGGGCGAUCCGGAGGUGCCCAGCAUGGACGUCGGGUACGGGGAGGGGGGCGCGCAGGUGCAGCGGCCCGACGUUGGAGCAGUGAUCUUGAAGGACCGAGAAGUGAUGAAGAAGACGUUCAUGCGCGGGGGCGCACGGGUCUUCUGCCCGGACGCGUGCGACAGCAUCUCCGUGGUGUCGGCGGGCGAGGGGGCCAAGCGAUCCAGGAAGGCAUUGUGCAGGGCGCACUGGGAAGCCGUCAUGCGCGCAGGCCUGGAGAAGUACCGCGUCGGCACGUUCGUGCACCGCGCCGACUCCGAGGCGCCCCCGCAGGGCGACGCGGCGGCCGCGGGCAUGUUCCACAACCGCCUCAUGGAGAUGUGCCAGUUGGGUUUGGCGACGUACAUGGAGUGCGCGUCGAAGAGAGCGGAGAAGCAGUCGGCUAGGCCGCCGAAGAAGCGCGCUCGGGGGGCCGCUGCCGACUCGGCCGCCGGCGCAGCCGAAGAGCGCGCCGGGGGCGCAGCCGGCCCGGGCGAGGCGGCAGCGGGCGCGCCCGCGCGCGCCGGGGGGGGCGCUUCCCUGAGUGCGGAGGCUGCGGGCGCGCUCGCGCCAGGCGAGUAG